AUACAGAAGACAGAAGGACUCCUCUCACCCUGUACAGAGGCUGCAGUAGGAGAUCUAAAACCUCUACUAUCCCUGUGGGAAUAUGUGCAACCAUCCACCUCUCCAGGACGAAGGAUGUCAGAACUGAUACAAAGUCUGGAACAAUGCCAACCCCAGAGAGAGGCUGCCUAGAAUGUCUUUUACCUUGUUGUUUUUUAUUAUCACGAGACACAAACAAACAAACUGUUAUCAGAGAUGUUUGUUUGGAUGAAAGGGAGAAACCCCUAGAGGGCUUUCCUUCUGACCAGGUUCUUCUCUACACUAUGAGCUGAUUGACCCCUCUCUGCCCCGCCUCCACCCCCCCACACACACACAACUUGUCCCUCCCCUCCACCUCUCCCUCCCACCGACGAUGGAUCUGACGAAUGACACCACGGUCAUCACAGACAGCGACUUAUUGGAUGACUCCUCAACCCGUGUCCUGACUGGCUGUUUCCUCUCACUGCUCAUCCUCUCCACGUUGCUCGGCAACAUCCUUGUGUGUGCCGCCGUCACCAAGUGCCGUCACCUGCGUUCCAAAGUCACCAACUUCUUUGUGAUCUCGUUGGCCGUCUCCGACCUCCUGGUCGCUGUACUGGUGAUGCCGUGGAAGGCCGUGACGGAGGUCGCAGGGUUCUGGCCGUUUGGCUCGUUCUGCGAUACUUGGGUGGCGUUCGACAUCAUGUGCUCCACGGCAUCCAUCUUGAACCUGUGUGUGAUCAGCGUGGACCGUUACUGGGCAAUAUCCAGCCCGUUCCGCUAUGAGAGGAACAUGACUCCUAAAGUGGCGUUUGUGAUGAUCAGCGUGGCCUGGACGCUCUCCGUCCUCAUCUCCUUCAUCCCCGUCCAGCUCAACUGGCACAAAGCCCAGACCCUUUCCUCUACAUCCAUCACUACCUCCACAACUACCCCCUACGGCCUCCAGGCCCCCCCAGACUCCUCUAACCCUGUUGGGGAUAUCAACACACAUCAGGCCCCCCGGGACUUUGACAACUGUCACUUCAGCCUGAACCGGACCUACGCCAUCUCUACCUCUCUGAUCAGCUUCUAUAUCCCAGUGAUCAUCAUGGUGGUCACCUACACCCAGAUCUACCGCAUCGCCCACCGUCAGAUCAGAUGCAUCGCCACCCUAGAACGAGCCGCAGAGAGCGCCAAGAACCGACACAACAGCAUGGGAGAAGGCGGCGGAGAAUCCAGCAUCUCCGAAUCGGAGAGCUCGUUCAAGAUGACGUUCAAACGGGAGACAAAGGUCCUGAAGACGCUGACUCUGAUCGUGGGCGUGUUCGUGUGCUGCUGGCUGCCCUUCUUCAUCCUGAACUGCAUGGUGCCGUUCUGUGAGCUGUCACCCCCCGGUGGCGCGGCCUCCUUCACCUGUAUCAGUCCCACUACGUUUGAUGUGUUUGUGUGGUUCGGGUGGGCCAAUUCUUCCAUCAACCCCAUCAUAUAUGCCUUCAACCCAGACUUCCGCAAGGCAUUUUCUAUCCUCCUGGGCUGCCACAGAUUCUGUCCCGGAGAUCACGGCAUGGGCGCAUUCAGUCUCAGUAAGAAGUGAGCUCAGAGCCUUAGAAUUCCCAGUGGUAGUAAUAAAAAACAUACAUGGACAACAUCUGCUGAGACACUGGUCUCAGAAGAGGACCUACAGUACCAGCUGUCAUGAACGUCAGAGAACAAUAGCAUGCCAUUGUCUGGUGCAUUGUAUCGCCAUAAGCAAGCAGUGUAAGCAGUACAACCUUGGUGUAAAAGGUUUGUUGUUGUCAUUGAGGGUGCCGCCAACUUGUGCAGUGUCACUGGGCAUAACUGAAAUGGCACUGCAAUAAGAGUCGAGUGACCCUUUGCAGUGUCCCUGACUGUGCAGUGAAUGCAGUACGUUUAGUGACACAUUGUCUCUAUGGAGUAGAGCCCCAGACUCUGACCCAGUGAUCCAGUGACUGCAGCCUAUAGCGAGUCAGGACCCCAGACUCUGACUCAGUGAUCCAGUGACUGCAGACUAUAGCGAGUCAGGGCCCUAGACUCUGACCCAGUGAUCCAGUGACUGCAGCCUAUAGCGAGUCAGGACCCCAGACUCUGACUCAGUGAUCCAGUGACUGCAGCCUAUAGCGAGUCAGGACCCCAGACUCUGACUCAGUGAUCCAGUGACUGCAGACUAUAGCGAGUCAGGACCCCAGACUCUGACUCAGUGAUCCAGUGACUGCAGACUAUAGUGAGUCAGGGCCCUAGACUCUGACCCAGUGAUCCAGUGAGUCCAGGGACUGCAGACUAUAGUGAGUCAGGACCCGACUCUGACCCAGUGAUCCAGUGACUGCAGCCUAGAGCGAGUCAGGGCCCCAGACUCUGACCCAGUGAUCCAGUGACUGCAGCCUAGAGCGAGUCAGGGCCCCAGACUCUGACCCAGUGAUCCAGUGACUGCAGACUAUAGCGAGUCAGGGCCCCAGACUCUGACCCAGUGAUUCAGUGAUCCAGUGAUUGCAGCCUAUAGUGAGUCAGGACACCAGACUCUGACCCAGUGAUCCAGUGAUCCAGGAACUGCAGACUAUAGUGAGUCAGGACCCCAGACUCUGACCCAGUGAUCCAGUGACUGCAGACUGUAGUGCCCUUGGCCCCAGUAGAGAUUAAAAAGGGUGAAGGAUUUGAUAUUAAGACUGUGUGUGACAGAGUACAGGAAGAGAGAGAGUGGUGCUAACUAUACUCUGAAAUGGAUAAUCCACAGACUGGGCAGGCAACACACACGAACACGUACGCUCACCCACACACAUACACACACGCUCACGCACACGCGCACACACAUAGUGACCACUACAGAUCUCAAACGUCAUAGGGGUUUAAGACUCAAACCAAAUCAUAUUUAUGUAUGAACAUAAACAUGUGAAUCAAUCCAGAAGUGACUUAGAAACUGCUCUACUGAAGCAGCUCGAACGAUUUCAGACUGUCCAGUAGAGAUUGAUAUUGUGUGCUUUAUUGUGAAUUUAACAGAAUGUUAAAAAAGAGGUCACUUUAUUAGAAAAGUGAAGAAAUGUAAUACAGUACUUCAAGAAAAUAUAUUAUUCUUUACAAUGUCUUCUCUUGCAAACAGUAACUUUGAUUGUGUUUUUGUUAAAGUUCCUACCGAUACUGCCAUUGUUUUAAUUGAUGGGGGAACACCAAAUGACGGUCAACUGAAUCAUUUUUCUAAUGAUGGUAAUGAAAUUCAGAAAGCUUAAGGCUAUUUCAUAACAAACAACAAUUUCAUUUGGACCGCCAUUUUAAAUCCCUCUCCAAAGUGUUUUACCUUAUUAAUGAGCUACUCAUCUUGCAUUGUGUCUGUGGCUUUUCCAAAGCAAUGCCAGGUGUCCCAACAAGCUCUCAUAGUCUCACUGCAGAAUGAGACGUUCAGCCACGUUCUCCAAACG